AUGGCUCCUCGUGCGGAGUUCGACACGGAGCAGGUCCGCGACAGGGCGCGUAAGGACCUGCUGCAUCUCCUCGAGGGAGUUCGCGGCAAGAAGAACCUCGUUAUUGAAAAGGAGCUAGCCGGCCCUCUUGGUGUCGUGGUCAAGGCCUCCACACUGCGCGACUAUGGUGUCGACAAUUUUUUCUUUCUCGAAAAUAAAAACACAGACACGAGCCAGCGAAAUAUCGUCUUUAUCGCCCGCGGCGAGUCCGCCUCCAACGCUCAUGCUAUCGCAGCAGAUGAGAUAAUCCGGCUCCAGCGCGAGAGUCAGUCUCCCCACGAAUUCCAUAUCUUUUGGGUGCCUCGGCGGUCUUUAUUAUCGGAUAAGGUCCUUGAGGAAGCUGGUGUGCUUGGUGACACCAAUGUCGCCGAGCUAACUCUGUUUUUCUUCCCAUUGGAAAACGAUGUUUUGUCCCUAGAGCUAAACGAUUCCUUCCGGGAUCUGUAUCUCUCGAAAGACCCGACGCCCGUCUUCUUGCUCGCCCGCGCGUUGAUGGGGAUACAGCAGAAGCACGGCCUGUUCCCGCGUAUCAUUGGCAAAGGCGACAAUGCAAAACGGGUAGCCGACCUUUUGUCUCGCAUGCGUCAGGAACUCCUUGCCGGCGAAGACGCGGGAGAAACGGACAAGGCAGGGCUAAGCCCCAGCACUACAAUCGAAAAUGUCAUCAUCAUCGACCGUGAAGUCGAUUUUGUGACGCCCCUCCUGACACAGCUGACCUACGAAGGUCUGUUGGAUGAGGUGUUUGGGAUUCAGAACAAUCAGACGGACGUCGAUUCGACGAUUGUGGGUGCUGCUGCACAACCAGCUGGCCCGGGCACGUCGGCAGCAGCGCCAUCGAACAGUGGACAGUCGCGGAAGCGCAAGAUUCAGCUUGAUGGGUCGGAUUCGCUGUUCGCACAACUCCGCGACGCGAACUUUGCCAUUGUUGGCGGGCUCCUGAACAAGAUAGCUCGGCGGUUGCAGAGUGACUACGAGAGCCGACACAGCUCGAAGACGACAACGGAGCUUAAAGAGUUUGUGAAGAAGCUGCCCGGAUACCAGGCCGAGCAACAGAGCCUGAAAAUCCACACGGGCAUGGCGGAGGAGAUCAUCAAGUACACGCGUACUGAGAACUUUAACAAGCUGCUAGAAGUUCAGCAGAACCUCGCAGCGGGGGCGGAUCCUUCGUCGCAAUUCGAUGCGAUUGAGGAGCUCAUAGCCCGCGAUACUCCAUUACCUCAGAUUCUCAGGCUACUGUGCAUUUACUCGUGCAUUUCGGGCGGCAUCAAAACCAAAGAAAUGGACCAUUUCCGGCGGUUGAUUUUGCAGGGUUACGGAUAUCAACACAUCCUUACCCUCCACAACCUGGAGAGAUUACAAAUGUUUUUGUCGAGGGCGUCCCCCUUGGCGUCCAUGAUACCCAUGACUGGCGCAGCGGGCGGGCAAGGAAACAAGACAAACUACACAUACCUCCGCAAGCAGCUUCGACUUAUCGUAGAUGAGGUCAACGAGCACGAUCCCAACGAUAUCGCUUACGUCUACAGCGGCUACGCGCCCCUCUCUGUCCGACUCGUGCAGGCCGUGUUACAGAAACAGUACCUGCUCUCGAUCACACGAGGGAGCGGCGCCGGUGGUGUAGCGGGCCCGGCGGCUGGGGGUGCGCAGGGCUGGCGUGGAUUUGAUGAUGCCGUUAAGCAUGCCCGCGGGCAGACCUUUGACGAGGUUCAGAAGGGCGAGGACAAGGCGGUCAAGGCGCGGGCUCUGCUGUCGGGCAGUGGCGACAGGAAGACUGUGUUCGUUGUGUUCGUGGGCGGCAUCAGUUUUACGGAAAUUGCGGCGCUGCGGUUCCUAGCGAAACAAGAAGAAGCCCGGCGAAACAUUAUCAUCUGCACGACCUCGAUUAUUAGCGGGAACAGGAUGAUGGAUGCUGCGAUUGAGACGGGAACAUUCGAGAAGAACACUCUUGCGGUGGAGGUACCGACGGCUCCAUGA